AUGCCACAGGAUGACGAAAAAAAGCCAAAGUUGUACCCAUAUGGCAAGAAUGCACAACCUCAAAAGGAUCGUGCACCUAUUUGUCGAAAUAGUAUGUCUAGUGCGGUGAGGGAUGUCAAUUGGUAUCGCCAGCUUUGGUGGAACACCGGUAACUUUCACCCCAAAGCUAAGUGGAAUGAAACGAC